CGCCAUUUUACGUGCCCCGCAUGAUUACCUUCAAGGCUUCAAUGCUCUGUGCCUAUCUUCCCAACCGCUAUCCAACAUUUGCAUCUAAUUCUCUCGCGCAAUAAUUUAGAUUCCGGUCGUUUCUCGCCGGAAAAUACCUCAGUUUCCGACUGAUCUCAUUGUCUUCAGAUCGCAAUGAAUCCCGAUUACGACUAUCUUUUCAAACUUUUGCUAAUUGGAGAUUCUGGAGUUGGGAAGUCAUGUCUCCUUUUGAGGUUUGCUGAUAAUACAUACUUGGAUAGUUACAUAAGCACCAUUGGGGUUGACUUUAAAAUCCGUACUGUGGAGCAAGGAGGGAAGACAAUUAAACUUCAGAUUUGGGAUACUGCUGGACAAGAACGGUUUAGGACUAUCACUAGCAGCUACUAUCGUGGAGCUCAUGGUAUAAUUGUUGUAUAUGACGUGACGGACGAGGAUAGCUACAACAACAUCAAAGAGUGGCUAAAUGAAAUUAAUCGCUAUGCUAGUGAAACCGUCAAUAAACUUCUUGUUGGGAACAAAUGCGACCUUGCAUCUAAAAGAGCCGUCUCAUAUGAGACAGCAAAGGCAUUUGCUGAUGAGAUUGGUAUUCCAUUUAUGGAAACCAGUGCAAAAGAUGCUACCAAUGUAGAGCAGGCUUUCAUGGCUAUGUGUUGUGCUAUAAAGAAUAGGAUGGCAGCCCAACCAUCAUCAAACUCAUCAAAGCCUCCAACAAUCAAUAUUAAAGGACAGCCAGUUGUACAGAGCAGCGGCGGUUGCUGCUCUUAAGGACAGAACAACUAGGCAAUGUUAAUCACCCUGAAGAUCAAUGGUUGUUUAGAGUUCAGUAAUAUGUUUGAAGGAACUGAAGCAAGUUUAUUGUAAGAAAUAAGGGUGGCCUGAAUUCAGAUUAGUUGAAUUCUAGUAUUCAGCCCAUAAAUAACUAUAGUCAUAAAACGUAACCAAAUUAUUCUGUCA